AUGCUUCCGCCGUUCGAUUAUUUCCAACACUGCCGAGCUCGCGACCUGAAGCAGAAACAACGAGCUCAGCGAUUUGCCAGUUUGCCUGCUGCAUACCACGCUGCGUUUACAGCUUUCGAUAGAUCAAUCAUCGCCGCUCCCAUUGAAGACCUCGUUGAGGAUGUGCAGAAGGGCACAGUAUCGGCACGUGCCGUCCUGCAGACGUACGGCAAGGUUGCUGUCAGAGCGCAAGAGAAAACGAACUGUAUAACCGAGCUCCUUAUACCAGAAGCAGAGAAAUGGGCAGAAAAUGAAAUCAACCUGAAGGGCCCUCUCGCUGGCAUUCCUGUUUCGCUCAAGGACAGCGUCCACGUUAAGGGAUUUGAUACUUCAGUAGGUUAUACAAAAAACACAGACCAACCACUUGCGGAGGAUGGACCAAUGGUCAAACUAUUGAAAGAUGCUGGUGCCGUUCCGUACGCAAAGACAGCAUUACCGAUUACCCUGUUAUCCUUCGAAUCAACCAAUCCUCUGUGGGGUGUUUGUCGAAAUCCGCAUAGCCCCGGAUACUCGCCAGGUGGUUCUAGUGGUGGUGAAGGUGCCCUUCUUGCCAUGGGUGGCCGCAUUGGCAUUGGCUCUGAUGUCGCUGGGUCUGUUCGCGUUCCGGCCGGGUGGAGUGGGACCUACUCCCUUCGAUGUAGUACAGGUCGUUGGCCUAAGGCGGGAGUAAAUACCAGCAUGGCUGGGCAGGAAGGUGUGCCCAGCGUGUUCAGCCCAAUGGCUCGCACGUUGAACGACCUGACGUACUUCACCCGCGCUAUUAUUCAGAUGAAACCCUGGGAAUACGAAACCACCGUGCAUCCAAUCAGCUGGAGAGAUGAAGAGAAGGAAGAUGCGAGAACGAAAAAGCUUAGGAUUGGUGUCAUGAAAUCCGAUGGAGUUGUUCCACCCGCACCUGCCAUUGCUCGGGCUAUUGACUCUACCCGAGCAGCUCUUACUGCUGCUGGCCACACUCUCGUUGAUAUCAAGCCACCUUCCACCGCCACCCCAUUGAUCGGGCUUAACCUUGCAUCCCUGCUUCUCAACUCUGAUGGCUGCCAAACCUAUAAUUCCCACAUGCGGACUGGUGAAACUACUGAUCCCGGUGCUGAACAUCUUACUACAUAUGCCAACCUAUGGAGUCCAUUCCGCUACCUUUAUUACCUCUACGUCCGCUAUAUUAAGCGUGAUAAAGUUUGGGCCUAUCUCCUUAAGGACUUCCGCCUGAAGACAUCGACUGAACUAUGGAAGCUUGUCGCGCAACGUGAAGCCUUCCGUGCGACAUGGCAUGCUUGGUGGAAUGCCAAAGAACAGAACUACGACUUUAUUCUCUGCCCUGUGAAUGCUACCCCUGCUCUUCCCCACGGUGCUAUGCGUGAUGGUUUUAGUUCGUGUGGUUACACUUUCCUUUGGAACUUGCUCGACUACUCUGCUGGUGUUAUUCCGGUUGACCAUGUCGAUAGAGUCCAGGACAAGCUUAUGGCGCCUAAUGGAACCCCAGCCAAGAAGAAUACAUACAAGAGCUGCCUCAAGGAGUUGGGCGCAGAUAACGCUGUGUCUAGGGGAGCUUGGAAAUACUAUGAUGCUAACGCUAUGCAUGGAUUACCUACUGCGGUACAGAUCGUUGGGCGAAGAUGGCAUGAGGAGAGAGUGCUGGGCUACAUGGAAGCCGUAGAGAAGGCAUUAGAGCAGUUCAAAGGUCCAAGUGGGGGAGGUAAGUAUCAACUUCUUGAACUCGAGGGUUGA